GCGCCCUUCGCAAAUCACGGAAACGAAACAGGUGAAACUGGAUGAUGAGGCACAUGACCGCCGUCGCCCAUCCCACUGCUGACAAUUCGGGUUUAAACACCAGCUUGUCGUAACUAUCCAGCACAACAAAUCCAAAAUGGCCACUUCUGGACAGAGUGCCAGCCAAGCCAAACAGUUGCAGUUUGCGCCCAUGAACAGCGCCCUCGAUGUUGGAUUCUGGCACCGGCUGUCCAGGAAGAAGCUUGAAGAAUACAAGUUGGACGACUCUCCCAAACCAAUCAACGGCUAUUACUACAAUGGAGAUCCUGAUGGCCUUCCAUCAAGGACCAGCCUGGAUUUCAACUCCUUUGAUGAACCCAUCCAGUGCCCGCCGCAUUGCUUUCCUUCCCACGGCACGUUGCUGAAUUUCAACACCAUGGAUGCCUUCAAGUCAUGUGACAAGAAGGCAGAACUGGAAAAAAUUGCAGCCCUGAUCUGGACAGACAUCACAUCUGGAGCAGCAUUGAAGGACCCUUCACUGUUGUCCAGGUUUUUGCUGUUAACUUUUGCAGAUCUGAAGAAGUACCACUUUGUCUUCUGGUUUGCCUUCCCUGCGUUGUGCUCCAUAGAUAGCAUCAACGUCUCCAAGACGCAGCAUCUCAAUCAAUGCUUCAGUGAAGAACAGAUUCAGUCUCUACAGGAGUCUUACGAUGCCAUAGCAGACCAGCGCAAAGGCCUGGCAUACUUUCUGGUUCAGAAGCAGGACGAUCUACUGGUAGUAUUCCCCCUCUCGGACUGGGACUUAUUACCGGACAAAACUCAGGUGAUGCUGGGCUUCUGUGAUCCCUGUACCCUGGAUCAGUACCCUGGAUGGCCCCUCAGAAACUUCCUAGCGCUAGCCGCCUACCACUGGUCAGACGAGUUGCAGAAUGUGCAAGUGUUGUGCCUGAGAGACCGGACCAGGGAGGGAGUCCGUACUACAGACCAUAGUCUGGUGCUGGACAUUCACCUGCCUUCAAUGAAAGAGCUGCAUGAGUGUCCUAAGUGUGUCGGCUGGGAGAAGAAUCAGAAAAACAAGAUGGCACCUCGCAAGGUAGACCUGAGUGCCAGCAUGGACCCAACACGUUUGGCUGAGUCAUCCGUCGACCUGAAUCUCAAGCUGAUGAGGUGGCGUUUGCUGCCCUCGCUUGACCUAGAUAAGGUAGCCCAGACCAAGUGCCUUCUCCUAGGAUCAGGCACCCUGGGCUGCAACGUAGCCAGAUGCCUCAUGGGCUGGGGCGUGCGAACCAUCACCUUGGUCGACAACUCCACUGUAUCAUACUCCAACCCGGUCCGUCAGAGCCUGUUUGAGUUUGAGGAUUCCUUGGAGGGGGGUAAGCCCAAGGCUCAGGCUGCCGCUGAAAGACUCAAGAAGAUCUUCCCUGGUAUGCAAGCUACUGGUCUUUCCCUAUCCAUCCCCAUGCCUGGACACGCAGUAGGCUCCUCGGAGGACGUCUUGAAGCAGACCAGAGAAGAUGUGGCCAAGCUAGAAGAGCUGAUUGAUGCUCACGAUGUCGUCUUCCUCUUGAUGGAUACAAGGGAAAGCCGCUGGUUACCGACCGUCAUCGGUGGAAGCAAACGAAAGCUGGUGAUGAACGCUGCCCUGGGAUUCGACACCUACAUGGUGGUCAGACAUGGCAUGAAGCCACCAAAAGAGGGCGCUGUCCACGACACUGCCAGUACAUCUGAUGACGGAGCAGCGUGCUCGUCGGCUUGUGACGAUCCCCUACCGUUAUCGCCCAAGAGUCCGUCGUUCCUGUGUAUCCCCGGCGAUAAGUUGGGCUGUUACUUCUGCAACGACGUGGUGGCCCCAGGAGAUUCCACCAAGGACCGGACAUUAGACCAGCAGUGCACAGUGUCCAGGCCAGGACUGUCCAUGGUGGCUGCAGCAUUGGUCGUAGAGCUGCUGGUCAGUUUGUUACAGCACCCUAAGGGAGGCUACGCUCCAGCUGACACCAGUGCCAAAGAUGAUCACCUGACGACCUCACUAAUCUCCCCACUGGGCUUAGUGCCACACCAGAUCCGUGGUUUCCUGUCUCGCUACCACAGCCUGCUACCUUCCAGCAUGGCCUUCAAUAUGUGCACGGCUUGCUCGCCGAUUGUCCUGGAGCGCUACGAGACGGAGGGAUUUGAGUUCCUCCUGCGAGCCUUCAACGAGCCUCAUUAUCUGGAGGAUUUGACCGGCCUGACCAAACUGCAUGCGGACACGGAAAAUUGCGAUGUUCUGGACUUCAGCGAUGAUGAGAGUAUCACAUCCCAAUAGUAAAAAAUUCCCAUCAUGCUGUGCUGCCCCAAAGGAGCAAUCCCACAAUCCUUUGGGUCAUCCUCUUAAACUGAUGCCGAAAGAGAGUUGAGGCGACGUACGUUCUCUAAAGUUAGGUGUUUUGACUAAAAUUGGUGGUGGAAAUUUGUACUGUCAAAACACAAACGGACCCUUUUAUGGAUAGAUCGGAAGUGUGAAGUGAAGGGACGCUGGGCGUUGCGUCCCAGGAUAGUUUGCGCAACGAACAGGGAUUUUGUGCAGCGAAAAGUGUGCCACCGUGCAGCACAGUAGCGUAGGGAAUAGGUGGGAGGGAGCGUUUUAAACCCCCCCCCCCCCUCCAUGAUGAAAAAGGGGGACGGAAGGGAAGGGUUUAUCUUGCAUCGUCCAGCAUACUCCACUGCCCAUUUCCUGUCCACCGACCAACUGUAAAAGGGUCUUUUGGUCAGUUAUCAAGCGGAACAUUUUGGUGUUUAAGUAAAUGAUUUCUUUCAGUAUACUUUGGGUAAGGAAUAAUAAUAAACAUGUCGGGAAUCCGUGUCCACUUUCCCUCAUUGGGGAAAUAAUCCAAAGUUGAUGGCUAAAGUUGGCAACAGUUUAUGGUUGAUAUAAGCAUGGUAAGUGUCGGUGGCCAUCUUGUGAAAGGAGCCUAAAAAGCUAGGCGUUUUAGACAGUGGAAGAAAUUCAAGAAAUAUUAUGGAUCUCUUGGUUUUGGCAUCUUUUUUUUGUAAUUAUGCUGUUAUUACUGUAAUACGCUUGACCAAAGGCUUAUAUUAUAUUUUAUACAAUGCCUGAAUAAAUCCUUGUCAUCCGAUUGGUUGGUCGUUGAUCGGAUGUCAUUGAAUUGUUCGUCCCAACCCAUGGCACGGCCGUACUGCAAAAAUAAAAAUUUCAUUGCACAGUCAUACUAUUGGUGGUUCUGACCAAUCAGAUGACGAGGAUUUGUUCUGGUUACAACAAAUAAUAAAUAUUUCGCAUUCAUGCAGUGGAAAAGAAUUAUUUCAUUUAGUAACAGAUGGAAUGGCUUCUCGUAGAAUGGAACAUUCUGUUGUCACCUCAUGAAAUUAUUCUUACCAUUGCACUCAUAAACGCUCAUUAUUUGUAUAUGGAUGAACAGUAUACAUAGAAAACCAACUCAUG